UCUCGGAGGGUUCCGUUCGCUCAUCUGGGGUUUCAGUCUCCGAACAGCCAGUGCCAUCACUGAGUCUCGGAGAGUUCGGUUGCUGCUCAGAAUGGGGGUCCCGCAUUUGUCGAUUCACGUCCUGAAUUGUCGCUGUUGGAACUGAGUGGCGGAUUAGGUUCUAGAAGGCACGAGUGGCUUCGCGGUCGGAGCAAUUCCGGAAACCAGUAUAUCAGAAUCGGUCCAGCAUCCGAGGACGGGUGAAUUGCCCGAAGGUGCGCACGCGAGGGCAGGAUCACACUCUCAUGGAAAGCUCUCCUUGAUCCAGUGCAUUGGGACUGGAGAGGAGGAGGGCGGGCGUUGCCGUGGGAGCCUUGCGCGAGCAGCAGCAGCAGGAGAAGAAGACGAUGGAAACUCUAUCGCGCCUGCAGUCAGUGCAAGCAACUCUGGAGCUCAUGCAGGAGCAUUCUCUCCUCGCGGAUGGAGGGGGAUCAUCGGAUCUGUUCGUGGCGGACUUUCUCCUCUUCCUCAAACAGAAUUGCAACGACGCCAAGGACAUCUUGCAACGCUGCGUCACAUUGCUCAGCUUCUUGCCCGAGAUUUCGUUCCACUUCUUGCAGGAUUUGUUGGGCGGAGAAGUCCCACCGCCCGAAGAUGAGAUUAACUACUACCGAGUCGAAAUUCCACAGAUCGAGGGCGAUGAGAUCGAGAAUUUCUCGUCCCCGGCCGCAGCUGGCAAGCCCAGAGCCGGAAAGGAUAGGGCAGACAAGGCCCCGAUGGCCGCGGACGGGCGUCCGGCCGGCGGGCUCUUGAAGGCCGCGCCUGCGGUCGGGCUCAAGGCCAUGGAGAAGGCGCGAUCCACUUUGGAGGACUUCUGCAGGUCGUACUUCAUGUUCCACGACAUGGACGCACGCGAUCCCGCGCACGUCUUCAAAUUUCUGCCCAUUCUCCAGUUCGUCGAGUCCUACAUCUACGACCUCGACGAGAGUAAUGAGGACGAGCUGCACCGAUCGGUUCAGUUCGUGGCAAGAGGUGCUCUCGAGAGGAGCUUUUCUCUGAGGUCGGUCGAUGAGCCUCGAGAAACAGCUCAUCUCUUCACCGGAGAGAGCUCUUCAGGUUCUGCUGCUUAUUUUCAAUCCUGCUCCGACGAAGAAUUGGAAGCCCACGAUGGUGAGCUCGACGGGCUCCGCUCGGGGGUCGAUCCACUCGGAGAGUUGAGGGAUGUUCUGAGCAGCAGAGGGUUGAUGACGGACAGGAUAGAAGCCGAGCUGAGAGAUGGAGUAGAGUAUUGGAAGCUGGAAAGAAAGCUCUGUGGAUUAGUGACGAUGGGUAGGAAGGUGAACAUGCAGGAUGUCUUCAAGACGAUCGAAUUGAAGUCAUUCGACUUUCGUAUUCUCAAUAAUCUCCUCUACUCGUUGACACAUAGGAUGGUCGAUGAAACUCACAUGGAGUUUCUGAGGGUGGCCGAGUUCCUCGUAGAGAUUGCGGAUGACUUGUUUGACUACGAGGAUGACGUACGGAAGAACAGCUUCAAUGUCCUGCGAAUGCUGGUUUAUGCAUGCGGGCCUACUGAGGCUCCAGCAGUUCUCGCAAACUUCAUCAGCACUAAAGAACGGGAGUAUCAGCGAUUGCUGGAUAAGCUAGAGCCAGGUUUGGCCGAGCGGUUUCAGGAAAGAUGUAAGGAGGCUGCCAAGGAGGGUGGGUUCAAGGAGACCUCUAAGUCGGGGUCCUGGGGAGCCUGGACCAUACCUCCUCUCAUAGUGGACGAAGUUGCAUUCAGGGCCCAUUCGAGCUGCGAAUCAGCUCCAUACAUCAGAGAGGUGUAGGGUCAGAAGAUGGAGGAGAUAAAUCUCAGUUUUCAGUCAAUUAGUCCAACUCUCUUCAUCGUCUUGUCGGCAGUUUUGAAAGGAUUGGAGGUUUUGUUUUGUAAGUUGCUGUUUUUCUAUACACACCAGAGCUUCGUCUGCGAUCAGACUCUUAUC